AUGCUGGGCCAGUUGUAUCCGCGUGUGUGGCCUAUUCUCCCUCAGGCUGGGCAACCUCAUUUUAACUCAGUCAUUAAUCUGAGAGGUCACAAGUGCAAUUUUCUUUUUUUCUUUUUUCUCAUCGGAGCACCUGAAACCAUGAUGAGGCUUAAACUAAAGGAACAUGUAUAUAAACACACUUGUAUUAUAUUUGUAAUUUUAUUUGAUGACAAGGAAGGAGAGUAUAAAAAAAGCCACAUAGACUUGGGCUGGAUACAGACAGCACGACGUGGCACCACUCAGAGCAAGUCACCGCCCAGUUGGGGGAUCUGUAAAGGCUUUCUUAUCCCGGAAGCCUGUGGGGAUGGACUCACAGGCAUGCUGGUCCUUUCCUGA